UUCGUCGCAUCUUCUCCUUAUCAGCAGCGCAACACAGAAUGGGCGUGCUGUGGCUCAUUACAAAGUACCUGCCAUGUGUUCGCAUCAUGGUGUCACGCCGCAAGAUUCUUUCACGUUCUAGAGAUGAUCUGAAUUUGGAUCAGACUUUUAGUCCACAGGAAGAGGAGGAGGAUGURUGGUAUCAAAAGGAGAAACUAUAUAAGGAACACAUACAAGAAGUUUUGGAUAAAUGGACACAAAUUGAUGAUGAGAUUUGGGCYAAAGUGAUUGUUUUCGAACGCAAUCGACGCGUAGCGAAAGCAUAUGCACGUGCGCCUGUGCUCACCAUAAAUGGCUCGGAUGAUGGUUUCGAUGGCAUGCGUAUCGGCUUAUGCGGCUUCGAUAAUCCAAUGCGCGACCAAAAGACAGAGGAAUAUAAGCGCCACAUCGGACAGGGUGUCAAAAUCAAAAUGGAUGACGCUGGCAAUAUACUYGUUCGCCGCUAUGCCAAAAGCAAUGUUUACGUUAAGAGCACAGCGAGUGCUCCCAACGAGGAGACAUCCAUUGGUGCCGACAUACUCAAAUUGCCAAACCAAGCAUUGGAAAGUGAAAAAAUAGUCAAAUUAUUCGAUAUGAAAAAAUUCCAAUCGAAUGUAAAUCGUGAACUUCGUCGUGCUUAUCCCGAUCGUCGACGCCUGGAAACGCAAUGUCUGUCCGUUGURGCUUUUGUCAAAUCGGAGAACGAUAUAUUGGACUGUCCCGUUUGGGUGCUCAUUGUCAAUGUGGUCGCAAUGGAUAUGCUUAAGAGCAAAUUGCCACCAGUGCAACGCCCCAUUGUGGACAUUAAGAAUCGCCCUAGGAUUCCCAUACCCGACGAGGAUCCGUACAGCGUGGCCGGCAACGGCAGCGGCGGCAGCGGYGGCAGUUCGGGCAGCUCUGGUUUCGGUGCUGGCAGCAGCCAUCAUUCACAACAACAACAGCAGCAGCAGGUCGCUGCCGCCAGUAUGGGCAUGCACACCAUGAACGGCGGUGGUAUGAAUGGUGGCACCGCAGUCGCCGGACAUGUGGCCGCCACACGUGAGCARUUGCUGUUGCAGACACAACAAUUGGCUCAUAAACGCAGCGAGAAGCCGCCGAAAUUGCCGCCACGCGAUAAUAUUUACUCUCAUGACAUUAUACCGAAGCCCGAUUACGAUGACAUCGAGGUGGACACUAGAAUCAAAUUAUCACGUGGCAAAUCAGACAAAGGCAAAGACAACAAAAAAUAUGAUGAUCCUUACUAUUGUGGCUUGCGUGCACGUGUACCAAACUUCGUGAAGACCUCAAAGUCCAGCAAGGAGCACAAGGAGUACGUCACCAAUGGCACACUGGUUAAUGGCAACGCUGGCAACACGAAUGGCAACAGCAACGGCAGCAUGAACACACUCAGCCAAAAGAAGAACUCCAUGAUCCACAUGUCGAUGACAGCGCCCAAUUUGCACGCGAUGCAUGUGGCAGCACCACAGCCGCCGCCACACAUGCAUCCACACCACAUUCAGCAGCAGCAGCUGAUGGCCGCCGCUGCAGCACAAGCCGUGCACCACCAUCACCCGGCAGCGGCCGCGCACCAUCACGUGCCACAGCAUCCGAUGUGGCAGACGCGCAGUUUCGAGAGCGGCAUAGAUGCCGAUUUAGUUGAAUCACCAUACAAUCACAUCUAUGGUCGCUUGCCGCUGCCCACACGUGGCUAUGUGCCCACACCGCGCACCAUGUACAUUGGCGAAUGGGAUUGAUAAACAAGCAAAGCGGGAAAAUUCGAAGCACAACAUUAAAAAUAAAUACAUAUAGCCAUAUACAUAUGUAUAUAUAUGUAAUAUAUGUCUAUAACUUUGGUUUAUAUACUGAAAAAGUACUUCAUAUAUAUAUAUCGAUAUGUGUGUAUAUGCUUAUGCGCACGUUUAUUAUGCAACACAGUGAACAUUAGAAAGGAUAUACAUAUGCAUAAUUUAUAUGCAACAUUUAUUAACUAAUUGUAAGCUUAUGUAUGUUUAUGUAACUGAGUAGCAAUGUCUAAGAGUAUAUAUAUACAAAACCCAUACAUAUAAAAGAAUGUUAUUGUAGAGCACGCAUAUAGGCAAUAUUAAGCUGAAAAUGCGUCAAAUUUAGCACAAAAUAAUUAGUAUUUACUAUGAAGAAGAAUACAUAUACCGACGUAUAUAGUAAAUAAGAAUAUAGAAGUAUUGACAAMAAUUCUAAAAUAUAUUUUAUUAAGCUCGUAUUUUGCGCGCUUGCUUCCGCUUUUUUAUUUUUUAGCGACAAAUAGUAUGCGUGUUAUUAUUACUGUUAUUUUCACGAUAUUCAAAAAUAUAUGGCAACGCUUAGGGUCAAAUCUAUGUAGCUGUGCAAAUUUGACAAAACAACCUAACGCGACUUUUUUUGUYUUUAUGCUCAGACUGCAAGUGGAAAUAUUUUUCGAAAAAUCGCAAUUAUUUAACAAGGAAAAUCUCUUAUUUGGUG